AUGCUGGGCAGCGACGGGUUCGUCAUUCUCGGCGCUGCUCCGGCGCCCAAAGCAACGACGACGGCGCCGCCAGGCGAAUCGACGGAGGCCCACAUCGUCGUGUACGGCAUGCCUCCGUCCUCCGUUCAGGACGUGAUGACUGGCGCCAGGCUCGCCCCCCUGGCGCCCGCGGCCGCGCAGAGCGCCGUCGUCGUCUACGGCGAGGACGCCUACGAAGUGAUCGAUUGCAUCGACGUCGAACUGCUCUCCACGCCGAUGCAGCUCCCGGGCGACGUGUGGAUCGACGACGCUCCGCCGUCCCUCGGCGCCCCCGCCGAGCCCCUGGGCCACCUCCCCGCGCCCGCGGGCGCCACCAACGCGCCGCUGCCGCCCCGCCCCGCGCCGCGCCCGCAGCCCCGCGACCCCGGCCUCGACGACGAGAACGCCGUCGAGGUGCCCGCGUGGAAGGGCACAAGCCCGCGGCGCACGGCGCGCGUCCGCUUCAAGUGCAAGCCCUGCGGCACCGUGACCAUCCGCCCCGUCAACCCGCAGGCGCUGCGCUCCGGCACCGUGCUCGCGGCGUGCGGGGGCUGCGGCGUCAUCCACAAGCUGCGGGACCACCUCGGGGUGUUCCACGAGCUGGACGGGUCGUUGUACCCAACGGCGGGCGCGGCGCGGCAGGGAGCGGAGGCGAAGGUGGCGGACGCGCUGCAGGCGCUCGGGCUGCCGGACGGCGCGCCGGCGAGCGACGGCGUGGGGCUGGGGGGGCUGCGGGAGCGGCUGGAGCGGCGGCUGCGGCGACGGCGCGCGGAGGAGGAGUGA